AAAGCAGCAAGUCACCAGAAGAAUUUACUUAUUCAUAUGAAGCCAGAAUGAAAACUACUAGGUCACCAGAGAGUAUUAGCUACUCCUAUGAGGCAGCUGGAAAAUCUACUAGAUCACCUCAAGCCAUGGAUUAUUCCUGUGAGAUAACCAGAAAAACUGCUAGGUCACCUGAGGGCACUGAUUAUUCCUAUGAGAUAACCAGGAACCUUACUAGGUCACCUGGGGCAGCAGAUUAUUCCUAUGAGAUAAUUGCAAAAAAUACAAGGUCAUCUGAGGUCACAUCUUAUCAAAUAACAGGGAAAAUGACCACGUCACCAGGGUCCACAGAUUAUUCCUAUGAGACAGUUGCGAAAACUACCAAAUCACCUGAGGCCACAGAUUAUUCCUAUGAGAUUACUGGGAAAGCUACCAGAUCACCCGAUACUAUGAAUUACUCCUAUGAGACAACAGGGAAAACCUCUAAGUCACCAGAAGCCAUUGGCUACUGCUAUGAGACAAUGGGGAGAACCCCCAGGUCAUCAGAGGCCAUGGAUUACUCCUAUGAGACAACUGGGAAGGUCUCCAGUUCACCUGAAGCCACAGAUUACUUGUUUGAGACAACUGGGAGAGCCGCCAGGUCACCUGAAGCUACUAGCUAUUCCUAUGAAACAAGCGCACAUUUCACUCCAAGUAAAUCGUUAGCAGAAUCCCGUCAAGAUGUUGACUUAUGCCUUGUGUCCUCUUGUGAAUAUAAACAUCCCAAAACUGAGCUUUCACCCUCAUUUAUCAACCCAAACCCUCUUGAAUGGUUUGCAACUGAAGAACAGUCUCAAGAUCAAGAGAAGCCACUAACUCAGUCUGGGGGAGCUCAGCCACCUUCCGGGGGAAAGCAGCAAGGGCGACAGUGUGAUGAUACUCCUCCCACAUCUGUGAGUGAGUCUGCCCCAUCUCAGACUGAUUCAGAUGUUCCACCGGAGACCGAGGAAUGUCCUUCCAUCACUGCAGAUGCUAAUAUUGACUCAGAAGAUGAGUCAGAAACCAUUCCGACAGACAAGACAAUUACAUACAAACACAUUGACCCACCACCUGUCCCGAUUCAGGAUCGCAGUCCUUCCCCUAGGCACCCUGAUGUUACCAUGGUUGAUCCAGAGGCUCUUCCAGUUGAUCAGAAUUUAGGUAAACCUUUGAAGAAGGACCUCAAAGAAAAGACAAAGACAAAAAAACAGGGUACAAAGACCAAAUCAUCUUCUCCUGUUAAAAAAAGUGAUGGUAAAUCGAAACAAGUGGCUGCACCAAAGCCAGCUAUAAAAGAAUCCUUAGACAAAAUUUCCAGAACAGCUUCUCCAAAGAAGAAGGAACCUGUGGAGAAGGCAGCCAAAAAUAUUGCUAAUCCAGAGGUGAAGUCUCGAGUGGAAGAGAAAGAUAAGGACACCAAGAAUGCUGCAAAUACAACAACAUCCAAGUCGGCAAAGACUGCAGCCACAGGACCUGGGAAUACUAAGGUGGCAAAAUCUACAGGAGUGCCUCCAGGACCUCCAGUGUAUUUGGAUCUGGUAUACAUUCCCAACCACAGCAAUAGCAAGAAUGUUGAUGUUGAGUUUUUCAAGAGGGUGCGGUCGUCCUACUACGUAGUGAGUGGGAAUGAUUCUGCAGCAGAGGAGCCAAGCAGGGCUGUUCUGGACUCCCUGCUGGAGGGCAAGGCGCAAUGGGAAACUAACAUGCAGGUGACCUUAAUCCCAACUCAUGACUCAGAAGUGAUGAGAGAAUGGUACCAAGAGACCCAUGAGAAACAGCAGGACCUCAACAUCAUGGUUUUGGCAAGCAGCAGCACUGUUGUUAUGCAAGAUGAAUCAUUUCCCGCAUGCAAGAUUGAGCUGUAAGAAGACGACCUUGCAUCACAAGAUGAAACUUCGUUUCCAGAAAUUCUUCAGUUUGAAAACACCUUUUCUAAAAAUUCAACUCAUCUAUUCCAACUGCUGACUAUAUACCUGCCAAAUGCUAUACUGUGUCACAGUGAUGCAAGUCACUAAUUUUUUCAGUCUUUGUUGAUUGCUAAGGGAAGUAACAGUCUUCCCAUAGUAAAGUACAAAUUACUACGAAAAUACAGAUCCAGUUGUGUCUCCGUGGAACAUUUGGAAACCAUGCACUAGCAACCCAAUUGACUUCUGCCAGGUAGAGGCAUUUGCCCUCUCAAGAAACAUAAAGGGAGAAAGAGAGGGGUAGGAGGAGAAAGUAAUAAAUAAUUAGGUACGCAUUAGUCUCGUGGCAAUAGAUGUAUCACUUACUGCAGUCUGCUUAUGCUCUCACAUGAGAAGGAAGUUUUAAAUGUGUGUCAAUAUGAGCUAUCACAAUGGGGAUCCUUUUUUUAAAGAAUUAAGUUAGCUCAA